AUGUGGCGCAGUGACUGGCUCGUGCGGGAAAACGGUAAGAUGGAGAGCGAACACGUUGACGAACGUUGGCCAAUGCCAACGUAUGAAGUAGUAGAGCCUACUCCCAGCCUUGUAUUACUACGCAGCUACAAGAAUCAGCGCGCAGUGCUUACCGUUUUCGUGGGUGAUGCUCUGGAAAUGAAAGGAGCUGGUCCGUCGCUCAAGCCUUGCAUCACCAUGGCCACGGCCAUGCACAGCCCAUUCCGCACGUACGGCGUAUCCACCGUCGCGCUAGGCAGCCAUUAA